AUGGCCACGAACGAUGCGUUGACAACGCAGAAUGAAGCGUCUUCUGCGCCGAGUACGCCUUCUAUGCCUGCCAAAAAUGAAGUCUCCGACGACACGACACGGGGCCCUCCGCCGCUGCCGUAUAACCUGCGCGAACACAAACUCAUGAUCUUUCUGUUCUGGCUGCUCAUCUUGACAGAAUGCACGCUCAUUCCGAUUAUUUUCUACUUCUGCAUCUCCAACCUCACCGAUCUUCGGCCAGGUGCUAUGUUCGCCAUCAUCACCGCCAUGUUCGGCUUCAUAUCGGGCGGAGAAUACGGCCUCCGGGGUCUACGUCUUGCGCUGAAGAGGGAUACAUACCGGCCGCUCAAGAACGCGGGGCGCUGGAACUUCGACACGGUGCACCUCGUCCUUGGGCAGCCGUACUUCGUCAUGACGGCGCUCAUGAUCGGCUUCAGCGUGCCGGACCCGCCCAUGAUGCGCGGCCUGAGCAUCAUCAUGCCUGUGGGCAUCCUCAUGGUUACAUCGUACAUGAUGUGGACGGGGGUCGCGCACCACUUCGGCUGGCACCUACGCUGGCACCGCUUAAGCUCUCACGUCGUCGGGGACGUCUACCCGCCGCUGACGUUCUGCAUCAUGGAGGACAUAACGGCGUGCGACGGCGGGGGCGGCAAGGAGUAUCGCGAGGCGGCGCUGGCGCGGUACAACGCGUCGCCGCGGUUCCGAAGGAUGUUGGUGGAGAUGCUGUGGGCGUGGGCCAUCAGCGGAGCGGUUCUGAGUAUUGUGCUUAUUGUCCUGGCGUGGGUGUUGCCGGUCGAGGUGGGAUACACACUUGGUUGGGCUGUUCCGUCGGUUUGGGGAGGGAUUGGGGCGUGGGCUACUAUUAGAUGGGGGCAGCGGUCUAUAAGGAUAGAGAGGGAGAAUUGGACCAAGGAUAGGAUGGUGGGUGCAUGA